AUGGACCGCCCUCACACCAAGAUGGCUGCCUUCAGCGCCAGAACAUCCUCUCCGGCGCCUGUCGCCUCCACCAUCGCCUUUCCCUCGACCCGCACCAAAGACACCGCCCCCUCCACCAGCGGGUCAUCCACGCCCACCCGCCCGGCCUCCGCCACGCCUCGCGCCCCCGACGCCGACCUCCUCCGCCUCCUUGCCGAUGCCCGGUCGGCCAUCGCGCGCCCCCCUCAGGACGCGGACGAGCCGGACGGGUAUUUUGCGGGGUAUUGCGUGGUGAUGUAG